GAGUCUAAUGCUUCAGUACAUUUCACAAAUUUGGUCUCAUCUAGACUCUUCAUCUUCUUCUUCCUGAUAGCCUAUUUCAAAAUUGCUUCUCUUUCUCACUUUCCCUAUGUUUUUUGUGCUCCUUCUUCCUUUUUUGUUUUAUAUCUGCAUCAUUAUUUAGUAUUUAGUCAUUUAUGGUUACUUUUGAUUCCUCAAGUGUUGCAUCUUGGUAAUUUCUCUUACUUGCUAUUUUCAUUAUGGAAUUCGAGAUUUUCAUCUUGGGUUUUGAAAUUAAAAUUUGAGAAUUUUCAGAUUGGACCAAAUAAUUGAAGGUAUCAAACUGCGGAUUGGAUUUUCCUUUUUGAAUUCAAUGAGAAGAAACUACAGGACUCUGCUCUCUCCUCUACCCCUUUUCAAGAUGUCUUGUUCACGUUUCUACUAGGUUCUUCUCUGAUCAGUUUCUUUCUGCCCCGGAGGAAAACAAUAUUCUUCUUCUCCGGCCUUUUUUCCUUCUUCUCAACCAUGGAAAGCCAUUUUUUAGACGUAACAUAAGGGCAAUUCUAAUUCAUUAGCUCAAUCGACCAGUUGUGUAAGUUCAUCUCUUUCCUCCCUUAUUAGUUCAUGUCUGUUACUGCUUCCACUUCUACUUUCAGUUCCAAUUCUCUCUCUCGCAGGAAGUUGUCGCUAAAACGAAAAACAAAUCAAUAACAAGAAGAAGAACAUUGAUGCAGCCAGUGUGUUUGAUGAAAUUCCCGAAUGAAAGAAGAUAGUUCCAGCAAGUUCGUUGACCCUUUCUCAACAAUCAAUCAUGCUCUUCGCGUAGCAUUUGAUGAGAGAUACUGAUCCUCGGUUUGACAUCAAGCAUAGAUGUUAAGAAUAGAGAGUCCUAAACGAGGAACCAUUUGAUUGCUUUCCAGUGAAGAGGUUGUUUUUUCUCUUUUUGGUUUUGGCCAAUUGAUUGCUUUCCAGUGAACCAUUUAAUUCUUAGUCAUUUGUUUGAAAUGUAUGUUAAAAGUCAUGCUUUCGAAUUUUAAUUCUUCUUCUUUACUCUAUUUGUCGCCUGCCUCUUUACUUGCCAAUUUCAUCUCCACGAAUAGCUUCAAAUAUAUCUCUGAUAUCUUUCUUUCUCUUUCGAAUCUAUCUGUCUUUUUCUUUUUUCUUUUUUCGCUUCAUUCGAAUUUUUUGUAUUUUUCAAAUUUAGUCAUGUGAAGUGUACCAUAAACAUGGGCUACUUAAUUGGGUAUUGAUUUUUUGCCCUUUUCCCGUACAUGUAUAUUGGGCUUUAUGUUUCAAAAACACGUGUAAGGAGUACAGAUAGACUAUUUUUGGGAAACUUCCAAGAAGGAUGUGCAGAUCAAAAUGCUAUUUACUUGCAAGGAGGAUAUGCAGAUCAAGCUUUUGUAUUUCUCUUCCUUCAACACUAUUAAGUGCUCUCUUCUAGUCGAAAAAUCACUGCAUUUAAGCAUCUUGAAGCACUAAAUAGAGCUGAAUUUAUUUAAGAUUGAGGUUCCAUUACUAUUUUAUCAGGUAUGGAGUAAUUGCUUCUCAUCUUUUCCCCUUUUACGGUUAGUCUAGACCGGACAUGAACAAUAGGAAUUACAGCUCCAGUGUUAUUAGAAUGUAAUUAAAUUCCAUGGAGUCCCUUUUUUCAUCAAAAAAGGCGUACAUGUGGCAGUGUGUGCAUUUAUGUUAAGAACUCUAAAUCUAUUUUUUAUCUGUGCUUUUUUGUAGCAUUUCUUAUCUUGGCAGGUUUUACUUAAUCAUUUCCUACACAAGAAUGGGUUGAUUUUGUUCAUGGAAUGAAGCCACAUACGGUGUGAGUAUUGUUGAUAGAUUUGAGUUUUAAUGUGCCCCCAAUUCAAAUGCUACCCAACACUGAAAUACCAGAUUGAUGCGCUACAGGAGAUCCAAGACACUUCAACUUCUUUGCAUUUGGUGAUAGACUCCCUGUAGUAGCAUUACUGCCAUUGAACAUUGAGUUUAUCAAUCGACUUAUGGAUUCGUAGGAAGAUGGCUCAGUUGCAUGUACCCUAUGGAGAUGACCGCACUACUUUUAACUUCGUAGUUUUUCCUUCAAAAGUUGGUUCCUAUUUUUCCCAUUUUAAGCCACUGAGAACUAUGUAAUAAGUAGCUUAUGUCCGGCUACAAUUCAAUUUAGUGAGAUCCCUAAGGAUAAAAUGCUUCUCUAGCUUGCAUAUAAGUCUUUGAUUGUACGAUCGAGUACUUGGUGAAGACAAUUGCUACAGUGCUAUCUUCUUCAAUUGAAUGCAAAGUUCUCAGAACUGCUGACGGAGAGGUUCUGCGAAUUGGUGGAUCGAUUUCGGGUCAGGACUGUACCAGAAUAGUUGAAUGGUUUGCUGAUGUUCUACAGAAACUUGAAAGAUUUCAACCAGAUUUUUCUCGAAUGAUUUUGUAUGCUAUUGUGAGAGUGGCAGUGCUAGCAUCAGGUGUCCACUAUUUACUGAAAUUGCCUCCUAUGCUUGACCUGCGAUCUAUUGAUGGAAGACACUCUGCUUUGCUGAAACAGUUACAUUGUCAAAAUGAAUUUAACAUUGAGAGUGGAAAAAUACCGCUAAGGUUGCUCUCAUGGCAACUAGAUCACACGCUUCUGAAGUAUGAUGUAUCUCAAAUUUUGCAAGAGACCAUUAAGAGACCUUUCCUUUGUUUAGAAAUGGAAUUUCAUGAGAGGAAAGAAUGGCGUUCAAUUAUUAUAUCUUUGGUACUUUCUCCUUUCAUGUUUAUUGAGACAAGGUCCCUGUUGCAUAAUUGGUUUCUACUGACGGGUUUGGCUUCUAUUUUAGAGCUUCGAGUUAAGCUGGUCUCCCUGGUGCUAGAUAUUAUUUCCAGACCAAUGUGGUGGGACAUAUCAAUGGAUCUUGGAUCAAAACUUCCAUUUUCACAUGCUUACUUUCCAUGCAAGAAGCAGAUUUUGAGGAGUUUGACUGGACCUUUGUCCUUGGAAUCUUUGGAGUUUCUAGUUCAUGAAGUUUGCAAGCCAGUUGAUGCAUUUUCAAAGAAAGCUGUAAAUAUUGCACAAGUAAAUCAAAGUUCUACUUGGGCAACAACAAUAACCUUCCCUUCUUGGUUCAUUUUCGCCUCUAUUUUGCUCUUCUCAGAAAAGAGUUUGUGGGACAAAUACUGCUCAACAUGCAUAUAUGGAGCAGGUAAUCUUAACAAUUCACAGGACGUUAAAGCUCCUUUUCUUGCUACUGCUGCAAAGUUUAUAGCAUGGAGUUUGAACCCUACUGGUGGAUCCUACUUGGAACUUUUAGUUGAUUAUCUGACUAAAUUUUCAAAAUCAUGGACUAUUAAGAAGUUUGGCUCUGAUGAAGGCAAUGAGACAACUCUUUGUGGCAACAAGGAAGUUAGGCGAUCCCUGUCUUUUAAGAAGGAAAUGGUGAAUACCCUGGAUUCCAAUUGCCAUGCACUUGUUUUCUGGCUUAAAGAAUUUCAGGACAUGUACAUUUGGCACUCAAACAAAGUAAAUGAAAGCUCUACUCCAGAUAAAGAACGAACACCAGGUGUUAGGAUACAGAAGAACAUGUUAUUUAGGAGGAUACCAAUAGGCAUCUUGUUCGGAUGCUUGAAUCAUAUAAGUGAUGCUGAAUGUGAACUGCUUUUGCAUUAUGGUGCAACUGGUACACUUGUGCAAUUCACCGGAGGACACCCUGGAAAGAAGAACAGGAAAUCUAACCAUGAAAGGCAAAAAGGCUUGAUAGCAUGGGCUGAGACAUACACAGGAAAAGAGGCUACAGCAGGAGCGCGUAUUGUCUUUGACAUAACUGAUGUAACUGAAAGUAUAUCAGCUUCUAUGUUUGAAACUGAGGAAUGUGGACUCAAUUUUGUGUGCGACGUGAAACUAAAGGUUGGGAGAUAUCUAUUCAAGUGUGUAAAAAGGCUACUCCAACUGACACCGGAGAAGAACAACAUACAGCUGAACGUGAAGGAUCUCUAUAACAGAAUGCUGCGGUGGAGACUUCAAGGGCGAGAUGUUUUUCAAAAUUAUAGGGAAUUAGAUGAAAUAAUAGAUGCCUGUGCUUCAGCAGCCUUUUGAAGACCCCGUAUAACAUCAACCGAAUAUGCAAAAUUGAAAAGGCACGGGCCUUAAGAAAUCGUUUUGGUGGCAUGGUGCUGCUUUGUAGAAGUAUUAUCCUCAAGUAAGCAAUCAUUUUGUUUCAAAGUUAUGUCGAUAGUCCUACAUUGUAUAUAGGUCUUCCGUGCUGAUGUCCAUUUUUUACUGACAUAGUGCAAGCCUACCCAUGCAUUUCUUAGAUAUCUUACUAUUGACAGUUCUUCCUCUGAA